UUUUUCAAGCACUUAAGUAGUUAUCAGCAUCACCCACGGAAAAAUUUGCAGUCAGAUCUGAGAAUUCUAGUCGGAUUAAGGCGCCAGUUCUAUCAAUAGACUUUAUAAAUAGCAAUCAAGAAAUUUUCCUUCGUGCUGGCCAGCACUUUUGGCGGUAUGAUUUCGAAAGUAUGUGAAGAAGGAGAAAAGUUUUAAUGAAGUUGUUAAUUAAAUAACAAAAAGUGCGGAAUAUUUAUCUCAGGAAAAGUGUAAUAGUGUUGGAUAUUUAUAUAGCAGCGAAUAAUUUCAAAGUACUUUUCAGCGCGUUUUCCCAAGAAAAAAAAUAAAACUGACUUAUAAUAAUAUAGACCAUCACGAAACAUAUUAUCGAGUUAAUUAUUUAAUAUAUUAAUUGUAAAAGAUUUUUUUAGUGCUUAUUUGAAGAAUAUCAAGAUUAUUUGACGAUAUAAUUCAUCACUGUAUAUGUAUUCCAGUUCAAGAGUGCUCCUUAUUUUACAGUACAUAUUUAGAUAGAUUUGAUUCAUAAAAUAACGUGAUCGGUAUUUCGAGCAACUAUACAAGAAACGGGCAGAAUAUAAAGGAGAGGAAAUUUAACUGAAGUUGAAUUUAUCAAUAUAGAACAACAAGAAACAUGAAUAGACACUUCUUGAGUUGUGUAAUAUUUAUUUUGGGCUUCAUCAUGGUAACUGCCACUAUUAUACCGAGGAUUGAUGGAAACGAAUUCUUGAAAAUUUCAAUAUUUUUCUCUUCGAUGUGUCCUGGAAGCAAAGAUUUCAUCACACGCCAUCUGUAUCCAACUUAUAAAGGCUUAAGGAGCAAGAUUGUUAUAGAAUGGGUCCUCUAUCAAGAAGAAUCGAAUCCAAUUAUACCAAAUGAUGACCAUCCGAAAUUUUAUUGUGAGCACGGUCCAAAAGAAUGCGACUUCAACAGAUAUAUUGCUUGUGCUCUGCAUCAAAGAAAAGGCCAAGAUAGAGAUGUUAAUUUCAUCAACUGUGUAAUGCUUACGUUCGACUUCGAUAAAUGUUUGAGAGAAUUGGGUUAUAAACGAUCACAAUUCCAAAUCUGCAUCAGAAAUCAAGGAUAUUCCUUACUAUCUUAUCAUAUGCAGAAAAUAAAUAGAGUUAAGCCAAAAAGACUAAGAUAUCUUCCUGCUGUGAUAUACAAUGACAAUGAUAAUGAAAAUAAGGACUUUCUGUCUUUGAACAAAUUCCUAGACACAGUUUGUCACCAGUUGAAAGCACCAUUGCCCGACGAAUGUCACAAAAGAAGGGAUAUUCUAGAACAUCCAUUGUAUGUUGACGAAGAGUAAUUUGUAUGAAUAAACAUUCAAACAUA